AAAUAAUGCCAUAAUUUAGAAGUAAACAACUAUUUCAUUUAUAAGUAAUCAUUGCUAUACUAGGCUACAAAAGUGUCUGAGGAACUGAAAAAACAUUUGGGAACAAUGCAGGAAGAGGAGGGAGAACAUUGUUCACUGAUUUCCAAAGGACCAACACAUGGAAAUGAAUAUCUAGACCCAGUAACUGAUAAACUGGAUGGAACAAAUUAUGUUGUGGAGGACUAUAUAAGACCAGAUGUCGAGGAAGAAUUAGGAUAUGAUGAAGAGGAGGAAGCGGAGGAGGAGGAGGAGGAUGGCAUCUACGAUGACAACUAUGAUGAUGACAUCGUUAGCAAGUUUAGUCACUGUCAGGUGUGGCAGCCGAAAAGAAAGAAAAGAGAGACAUUUGGGCAGCUGAGAGAGAUAACAGGAGAAGACUAUGUAAAAGAGGUUACCCAUGCAGGGAGAGGGGUCAAAGUUUUACUUUUCCUCUACAGGCCAGGGAUUCCAUUGUGCUUCCUCAUGAAUCACCACUUCUUAAGACUGGCUCCCAAAUUCCCUGACACCAAGUUCCUCAGAAUUCUUGACAGCAGCUGUGUCCCAAACUAUCCAGAGAGGCACCUCCCUACGGUGUUUAUCUAUGAAAAUGGCUGCCUGAGGAAUAGUAUGAUAGGUGAACAAGAAUGUGGAGGCAGAAAUGUUCUUGAGGAAGAACUGAAAUGGCUUCUGUAUUUUGUGGGGGCCAUAGACUGAGAGCUGUUUUCUUCUUGGUUUGGUAAUAUACUGCAGCACUUUUUCAAAUAAACAAAUACAUAAUUCAAAGAGGAC